AUGCUGUCUGCUCGCCUCUUCAGACCCCUGUCACAGCUUCCAGGGAAAACCCUGAGUUUCUAUGACAGAGAAAAUGGAAUGAGCCAUACACUGCUGUUUUCCUCCAACUCGUUUGCUCCCAUCAGCCAUCGUACUUAUGCUGGUCAGGUGAACCCGGUCGGCAGCAAGGCUGUCCUGAUCACAGGCUGUGACUCUGGAUUUGGGUUCUCCUUGGCCAAUCACCUGCAUUCACAAGGCUUCCUGGUGUUUGCUGGCUGCUUACUGAAGCACAAAGGGGACAGUGGGGUCCAGAAGCUGGACAGCUUGAAGAGUGACCGACUGAGGACAGUCCAGCUCAAUGUUUGCAAAAGUGAAGAAGUGGAGGAAGUGGUGGAGAUCAUCCGCUCAAGCUUGAAGAACCCUGAGACAGGGCUGUGGGGCCUGGUGAACAAUGCAGGCAUCUCCACCUUCGGGGAGGUGGAGUUCACCAGCAUGGAGACCUACAAGGAGGUGGCAGAAGUGAACCUCUGGGGGACAGUACGGAUGACAAAAUCCUUUCUCCCCCUCAUCCGAAGGGCCAAAGGCCGCGUUGUCAACAUCAGCAGCAUGCUGGGCCGCAUGGCCAACCCAGCCCGCUCCCCAUACUGCAUCACCAAGUUUGGGGUGGAGGCCUUCUCUGACUGCCUGCGCUAUGAGAUGCAGCCGCUGGGUGUGAAGGUCAGUGUGGUGGAACCUGGCAACUUCAUCGCAGGCACUAGCCUCUACAGCCCUGAGCGCAUCCAGGCCAUCGCCAAGAAAAUGUGGGACGACCUGCCUGAGGUAGUACGCAAGGACUACGGCAAGAAAUACUUUGAUGAGAAGAUCGCCAAGAUGGAGAACUACUGCAACAGCGGUUCCACAGACACAACUCCUGUCAUCAAAGCUGUCACACAUGCCCUGACUGCUAACACCCCCUAUACCCGCUACCACCCCAUGGACUACUACUGGUGGCUGCGGAUGCAGCUCAUGACCCACUUGCCCGCAGCAGUCUCUGACAAAAUCUAUAUACACUAA